AUGCAUAGGACUGAUAUGGAGGCUGGUUUCUCUCCAUCUCUUGGAUCCACACCUGUGCAGAAGAUAAAUACCUCUGUGGCUCUCACACCCACUGAAGCCACACCCACUGAAGCCACACCCACUGAAGCCACACCCACUGAAGCCACACCCCAGAACUCACCUGGAGAACUAGUGAGCUCCACCAGAACCCUGAAUGAACUCCAAAAAGUCCACGUUCCCUCCUGGUCUUUGGUGGUUUUGAGCUUCAUCGUGUUGCUCCUAUUUCUCAGCUGCAGCUUCUGCAUCUGCAGCAAGUUUGUGUUUAAGAGAAAAAAGGAGAAAACAGGAAAAGAGAAGAGCAGAAAGGACAGUAUGGACAUGUCAACUGUGAGGGAUGAAGGUCUUACACAGAUUCCACAUGAUCUAAAACCUCAGGAGAAACAGACAGAGUUUAAAGACGACGUGACUCUGGGAAAACUCCAGUUUAGUCUGGAUUACAGCUUCACUGAGAACACGCUCAUUGUAGGACUGAUUCAGGCAGAAGGUCUGGCUGCUAUGGACAUGAGCGGGACUUCAGAUCCAUACGUGAAGCUCUGUCUCCUCCCAGACAAGAAGAAAAAAUUUGAAACUAAAAUCCACAGAAAGACUCUGAACCCCACUUUUAAUGAGAGUUUCACUUUUAAGGUUCCGUACUCAGAGCUGGGAGGAAAGACUCUGCUCAUGACAGUGUACGAUUUUGAUCGUUUCUCCAAACACGACGCCAUUGGAGCCGUAAGAGUGCCAAUGAACCUCGUCGAUUUUAGUCAUGUGAUCGAAGAGUGGCGACAACUGCAGAAGGCGGAACACGAGGAGCAGGACAAGUUAGGUGACGUGUGUCUGUCCCUGCGCUACGUCCCCACUGCUGGGAAACUCACCAUUGUCAUCCUGGAGGCCAAAAACCUCAAGAAAAUGGAUGUAGGUGGUCUCUCAGGUGUGUUAUAUGUGGAGGCAUGAGAGGAACGAUCACACGAGACGUACGUGGUUUUCUGCAUGUGUUCUUUAGAUCCGUAUGUGAAGAUCCACCUGAUGCAGAACAGCAAAAGACUGAAGAAGAAGAAGACGACGAUAAAGAAAAACACCCUGAACCCGUAUUACAACGAAUCCUUCAGCUUUGAGGUUUCAUCUGAACAAAUUCAGAAAGUUCAGAUCGUCGUGACUGUGCUGGACUACGAUAAGAUCGGGAAGAACGACACCAUCGGGAAGAUCCUCAUGGGAAUGAACAGCUCAGGGACAGAGCAGCGGCACUGGGAGGACAUGCUGGCCAGUCCCAGGAGACCCAUCGCCCAGUGGCACGCUCUGAAACCUGACGAGGACGUGGACGCAGAGCUCAAAAAGAAAUGA